AUGGCCAUUAUCUCCUCCUUCGCCAUUGUCCGGGGCCUGUGCCUCUUCCACCUUACCCUCGCAUGGUACCUUCUCAGUGCCCCGCGCGUCGUCGCGGAGCAGAACCUGGUCCUCCUGUUCGGAGAAGCCAUGCGCAUUCCUGAACCCACUCAAUUCCUCAAGCCCAAUUCCGCCUCCGCUUUUGCUGCCAUCAUCCUCGCUUUCCUCGGCCUCUCCGACCUCAUCGCCGUGUCCAUGGACGAGGAGAUUGCCUUUCCUUACUGGGCAAACAACAUCCCGCUCCGCCUGGCCUUCCUUAUCGGCCUGACCGGCUACACGUACGCCUUCAAGCCGUCUCCUGGCCAGAGCCUCUUCAACCACGGCGUCGGCGAUCCUUUGAAGAACAGGCUGGUCUUCACGUGGGGGUUCUUCGAAUGCACUAUCUGGUUCUGGGCAUACGUUACUUUGAGGGACGAGAAGGCCAAGUUCGCCGAGCGUCUGCUCGAGAGGAGGAAGAGGGAGGCAGAGCUGCUGAGGGACGACUGA